GCAGCCCUUGAUUCGCCCUCUACCACACCUUCGACUGGCUGUCGCUCAUCUAUAUCACUUACCUAACGCUCAGCGUUCCUAUCUAUUACUUCCCCUCUUCCCACCCUGUCUCUCAUCAAGGUCUCCACUCUCCGACCGUUCCUAUGAUACUUCAAGAGUUCGUCCCGACUUAGCUUGCGCCUUUCCCCGUUGUCGUCGCUGCUUCCUUUGCUGGAAGCCCGUCAAUCGAAAAUGGACCUCACCACUAUGUCUUCGAAGAGGCUGGACACUUUUAGUGCCAUCGAGCGGGCUGGCUCGAUCCUCUCCAUCCUAGGAUCCGUCUUCAUUAUUACCACAUUCUGCUCAUCCAGGGCCUUCCAUAAGCCCAUCCACCGGCUCAUCUUCUAUGCGACCUUCGGCAACUUGAUGACCAAUGUUGCUACGCUCAUGGCGAGAACAUACGUUGGUGACACCAUUUCUGCUGGGUGCCAACUCCAAGCGUUCCUGAUCCAAAUGUUCAUGCCUGCAGAUACUUUUUGGGCUCUUGCCAUGGCCACAAACGUCUACCUCACCUUCUAUCACAAAUUCGACGCUCAAAAGCUGCGGAGGAUGGAGAUCCCAUAUCUCAUCUUAUGCUACGGCAUCCCAUUUAUUGUUGCCAUAACUCUUGUCUUCAUCUCCUCCCCACAGAAGGGCAGGAUGUACGGCGAUGCGACCUUGUGGUGCUGGAUCUCCGCACCGUGGGAUAUUUUCCGCAUCGCAGCCUUCUAUGCCCCCGUCUGGAUCGUCAUCCUCCUCACCUUCUUCAUCUACAUCCGCGCUGGCGGACAGAUCUAUAAGAAACACAGGCAACUCCGUAACUUGGAUCUCAGUAGCAGCCACUACGAACCCGAACCCCAGCCCCCGUCGUUGCCUCCCUUCAGCUCGAGCAAGACGACCGAAGUCUUCGUAACCUCUGAGGCCGUCGACACGAAUGCCAUCGAUCUUGCACCUCUGGGUCGUCGAGACGCGGAGGCUGCCCCUGGACCUCGUGUGCCGAAUGCGGCGUAUUCAGUCACCAUCUCCUCGAACAGGCGGACCGCCGAUGCCGACUCGUACAACGACAUAGUCCUGCCGACUCAGAGCAACACUUCUGGCCAAUCCGCGCCGGUGGUGCAGCGUCCUCCCCCCGCAAACCGCGCCCGUCGACGAGCAGCGUACGAUGCCAACAGCGCGGCUUGGUCAUACGCCAAGUGCGCCAUCCUAUUCUUCACCGCCAUGCUGGUGACGUGGAUUCCCUCAUCUGCCAACCGAGUUUACAGCGUCGUGCACAAGGGCGAAGUAUCAGUGCCCCUCCAGUACAUGAGCGCCUUGGUGCUCCCUCUCCAAGGUUUCUGGAACGGGCUCAUUUAUAUCGUGACGGCGUGGAAGGCGUGCCAGAUGCUGUGGCGGGAUACCUGGCACCGCUCAGGGUCCAAGCGGGCCCCCAAGGAGCUCGCCGGUGGCAUCCAGGGCAGGAACAACAGCUUCGCCAAGAUGGGCUCGGGCCGAAACAGGAGCAAAUCCAGCGACAAGUCCGCCUACGAGAGUGAGAGCAUGACGGAGCUGGCUGUGCAGAGCCGGCCGAGUUCUCAGGAGAACAGCAAGGGACGCCAAUGAGGGGCUUUACCCUGCUUUUUUGCACAAUGCUCAAUCCUGUAUCGAUACCUGUGUUGCAACGACUACGGGAAGCUUCAUUGGACACCGUUACCGGAUUUUUAAUCGAUGCUUGCUCGGGUGGCCAAAAAGAGCAAACAAUCAUGUUUGAUUAUUUUGUUCGAUUACUAACUAGCUCUUUCGGGUCAUCUCAAUGGACGGCUGAGGGCCUAAAGAAAAGCAAUAUUUCUCCCCGACGACCUCAAAGAUUUGUCCCGUGUUGUACAUACACCUUUUCCAU